AUGGCCGAUUCGAUGUCCGGUACCCCGUCGCCUCAACCCGACAUAACCCGGGACAGAUUGCCGACACUGUUCGAAGUUCUCAGCCGACGAACUUCGCCACCAGUAGACCUCUUCUCCUUCUACAUUUAUAUGCGAGACCAACAACGAUCUGUGGACUACCUGGACUUCUGGCUUGAUGUGGCCCAACAUAUGACACUAUGUCGACACUACGUACGCGAGCUGCGCCGUUCAGUUCUAGUCGGAACACCCGAUGGGGAGAAAAUGUCUAAACGAUCGUCGGGCAUCUUGGAGAGCAUGGGUGGUCUGGAUCAUGGGGCCGGCCCAUCGCGGUUUGGACACAUCACCGAGAAGGCGAGGGAUCAGGAUGCGCAGAUGUCAGCCUUCCUGCGCGAUGAAGCUUCGCAUGGCAUCCACGAUUCCCCUCAAAGCAGCCAGUCCAGGAAUCCUCGGCGAAGCGGGAGCACGCCUCGAGAUCUGACGACGGAUUCGAAUUCACCCAUGCAUGCUGUCUCCAGGGAGGAUAUCCGGGCAUCUGCUGAAAAGAUUCUUUAUACCUUCUUGCUCCCUGGCGCCGAACGCGAAAUUGUGCUCCCUGGCUCAAUCACGCAAGACGUCACAACCGCGAUCGAGGAGUUUGGCCGGGACGACCCUGAGGUUUUCGAUGUCGCUAAAGAUUACGUCUUUCAGGCGAUGGAAAGGGAUGCUUUCCCGGGAUUCUUGCGGAUGAAGGCUUUGGGAAACCUUAUCCCUCCAACGCUCAUCAUGCGACUGAUAUUGGGCAUGGUCUCGAUGUUUGGAGGCUUCUGGGCUGCUUUUGUUCUCAUCUUUCUGAACAUGCCAUGGCAGAUCAGAUUAUGGCUCAUACUACCGUUCACUCUGGGAGUCUACAACCUUGCCUCCUACCAGUACUCCUUGGAUCCCAUUCUCGCUCUUCUCGGAUUUAGUGAAUACACCCCAUUCAACUUCUCUCGCGUCAGGGAACCGUACGUUCGCAAGCUAUUGGCCAAACGCUCUAUCAUGGUUCUUGCAACCACAAUCCUCGUCGACGCGGCUUUGCUUGCAUUGUUCAUUGCGGUGCCCGGCAAAAGGCUUUAG